GGAGACAGAAAACGGGGUGUCGUUGUUUGUACACAUGUUGUUUUUUUUUUAAAGUCAUUUUAUACUAAAUCGUAUACUAGUGUUUGAAAGUGCCCCCCAAAGCACAGUUCCAAAAGAUCAAGUGCAAAGAUAAUUAGUAACCCUGCUGGCUGCCUGUUAUACGUGUGAAUAAGCAGGUAGAUUCUGGUCUUAUUAUUUUGUUGGGAGCUGCUCCUCACACAAAAACAUCAGUAUCAGUAAAGCUUUUGUAAAGGGAGUGUCAGUUAGCCAGGAUGCCUGUGCGAGUGGAUGACGUCAUGCGGUUAUGCUGCGACCUUUCUCUGCACCAACAAAUGAAGGCAGCAGUGAAGCAUUCUGGGAGGGGGGCUUUUGUGGCAGGAGCAACAGCUUUCAUGGGGGGCCUUGUGGGAGGCCCACCAGGGAUUGCUGUCGGUGGUGCAGUGGGUGGCUUGCUGGGUUGCUGGAUGACCAGUGGGCAGUUUAGGCCUGUUCCCCAGAUUAUCUUGGAGAUGCCGCCCCAGCAGCAGCAGCAACUUUAUGACAGCAUCAUGACCAUCAUUGGGCGUUUGGACUGGACUGACGCUGCUCAGCUCACAGCGCUGGUCAUGGGGAAUGCAGUCCUGCAGCAGAAAGUGGCAGCCGCUCUCGUCACUUACAUCACACAGGAGCUCAGAGCUGAAGUCCAGUACGGCGAAUAAAUUCAACAGCAAAGCCACAUAACCCUUUUUUUAAAACUUUAACCCUGUGUUGUAUGGUCCGCGUUCAAAGCACAUAAUUGAACAAAAAUCACCAAACUCAUAUAAAAAUGUUUUUAGUUGACAUGUCCAGCAGGCUGGACAAAAACAUAGAUCAAUGAUACACUGACAUGAAGAAUUGAGGCUAAUCCUAAAAUAAAAACUUUAGGUUUUUACUGUUCAACCACAAUGUGCACUUGGAUGGAUGCAAUUCAACAUAGGGUUAGUUUGUAAAAAAAUAAAUAAAAAUAAAAAAUCAGUACUUAUUUUGGAAGAUCAAUAUUAUAGCAGAUAUUAAACAUGGCAGGACACAUCUACAAAGCUUUUGCUCCAGUGCAAAGUGUAUUCCACUUUUUUGAAAGAGGUUAAAAAUGCUUCCGAAAUUGAACAUAACAACAUAGGUUUAUGUAGAAGCCCUUAAAUUAACAUUCAUAGGUUUUGUUUAUGUCUGAUUCUCAAACAAUAGCAUAUUUUUAUUUCACUUAAACUAAAAGGCACUGGUAUAAAAAAUUCAAAUGUGAGAUCCUGAUAAAUAUAAGCUGAUAAUAACUUGGAUAUUUGAUAACUGUUAUUCAAACAACAAAUUAAUAUCUGUUGAGUGGCAAAAAUAAAAUAAAUGCCUUUUCUGAGUGUUGAAUGUUUACCUGAGCAUCGGGGGUAAGCUCGGGAUCUUGAAUAUUCUUUAAAAAAGAAAAAAGCUUUUUUGACCCCUACCUCAUUAAAUGGGUUUUAGCUGUAUUUAAUUAUUGCUGACCUGGUGUGUGUGUGAUCAUUGUUUUCCUGAUCAUAAUAGUGGUUAAAUAAUGACCUUCAAAAGAAAAAAGAAAUAACUUCAGGUAAACUACGUAUCUGUGCCUUUGGUUCAGUGUCACUAUGACUUCAAAUACCGGUAAUAUUCUUGACAAUGUAAAGAAUUUUAAUUCAACUGUUAAUAUGGUCAUACUUCAUCAGCGGAAAUGUGUUCCAGUAUGUAGUAAUUUGAUUGUAAUGGAUACUGAUGUCAUGAGAUUAGUGGUGCACAUUAUUAUAACUGUGCUUCUCUUCAAUUUAGUAGAUUUUAUUUGAUUUCUUGUGCUCAUAUUUUUUUUUUAUUCUCAAAAAUAAUCACCCACAUUUCUUUAACAUUAAUAUAGGAAUUGUAAUUAUGGUUAGAUAUUAUUAAUAACAGGGUUGCUGCUGCCACAGAAAAUCAUUCAUGGCCAAAUAAUGAGCAUGACAGCAAUAUAACGUUUAAUCAAGGAACUACUUGGGGUGUGGCGCAUAUACUGGACACAAAGACAAAGAGAUAUUGAGAUUUUGAUAAGGCAAUUUUUUAAAGCUGUGAAUUGUUGACAUUAGCUGACAAAAUAAAAGUUUUGAAAUUAA